AAGAUUAAUGAGAUAUUUGCUGAACUAGAAAAAGAAAAAGAAAAAGAAAACAUCGUUUGAUCCGAGAUCGAAGAACAAGAGUGUUGUUGUUGUUGUGUUCCACUCUCUGAUGGUCGUAGGUGGUUCCUUCCCACUAGCUUCCAAGAGGAGAAGACUCACCAACACAUAUUCCUCAGCCAUGGAUUCUGAGGCGGCUAAGGCCAAGCUUGCAGCUAUGACAGAAAGAUAUGGACGAGAGUUCCAUGUUUUUGAAACAUCAACUUUUUCUCCAUCUUCAAAUGCUGCAUCAUCUAACGCAUCCCAAUUAAAUGUGGAAGAAGAGGAGACGGAUGACUUAGAGUUUUCCCCAGAAGAUUAUAUCCGGAUUUCAUCCAUUAAAAAGCCAGAACCCAUCUUGAAGACUCGAAAAAUGCGAGAAGCAGAAGCGGCGGCUCGCAAGUCGAAAAUGACCAGAGCUGUAAUUAGAGUUCGCUUCCCUGAUAAUCACACAUUGGAGGCUACCUUCGACCCAUCGGAAACAAUCCAGACUUUAAUUGAUCUCCUCAUUAAAGUGAUUGCACAGCCAGAGCAGCCAUUUUAUAUAUAUACUGUUCCACCUAAGAAGCUGAUCACUAACAUGUCUCAGGAUUUUUAUGCUGCUGGCUUUUGUCCCGGUGCCCUUGUUAACUUUUCCUAUGAUGUUUCAAAAGGUGGUUCCGCUGUUGACCUUAACAGUCCUUACCUACGCGAAGAGAUCUUAUCUUUGAAGGGUUCAGAUGCUGCUAAUGAUCAAGGCCAGCAAUCUGAGCUUGUACAAUCUGAACCAGAGCCUGUGGAGCCAACAAAGCCACCCACUCCUGUGCAGGAACAAAAACCUGCUCAGAAAAAGCUUGUUAAACCAAAAUGGCUAAAGAUGUGAUGUGAUAUCACUUUCUUAGGGAUUCAGUGAUCAUUGUUGCAAAGGAGCUUCACUUUUGCUCUAUGUAUACUUAAAAUGGGUCACUUGGUUACCCUUGUGGCUAAAUUAGUGUUACAUCUUGAUUCAAAUGUAUAAUACCAAGUUCAAAGGAAUGCAUUGUCUAUUUUUCCCUUUUGUUUCUCCUUUAUUUUCAUGAAUUUGUAUAUAUAAUGUUUGAAAACGUUGGAUAGUUUUCUUUUGGUAAUGUAUGGAUGGAUGUGUUAUUUCCA